UUGCUUUUUUUAAUGUUUGGAAAUGCACCGCAUUUUAUCAGUGAUACAAAAAUAUCAGUAAAAUUUUUAUUAUUAUAAUCGGUAUGAACUUUGAUAUACACUUGUAGACAAAAUUUUUAACUAAAAUAAAAUAUUAAAAUUCAGUGACACAUUUAUAUAAAAGAAACGCGGCAUGUAGCAAUUUUUUUAGAGAACGAACAAACGAUUAUUUUUAAAAAUGAAUUUUUUACUACGGUUGGUGAUAUUUUGCUUCGAUCCCCUUGGCAUUGGACGUCGAUUAUUUUUUCGUCCGGUAUUAAAUAUUGGUUUAAAUGUUUAUGAUCAAUUAAAAUCAAGGGCAGAUGAAAAAGUUGGAUCAUUAAAGGAGCUUGUAUUGCGUUUGGGUUUAAUUGCGUUUGCUGUCAUUUUAAUUAUAUGGGCGGCAGUUUUUAUGUAUGCUGCCUUUUACUACACGUAUAUGCCUGCCAUAUCUCACACUCGUCCUGUUCAUAUGCAGUUUAAAACUUGUCUAGAUACUAACUCUCCAUGCACAUUUCCACAUGCACAUGUGUCUCUAACUAAAAAACAGCAACUGUUGAUGGUUGGCCAAGCAUAUAAAGUAAUUGUAAAUAUUGAAAUGCCCGAAUCACCACAAAAUUUAGAUUUAGGCAUGUUUAUGGUGUGCGCAGAAAUGCGAGAUAGUUCGUCAAUGCUACGAGGUCAUUCGUGUCGCUCUGCUAUGAUGCGCUAUCGGUCACCGUUAAUACGUACAAUUUCAACAUGGACACUUAGUCCACUUUUUGUGUUAGGUUUAAAGGAGGAGUUUCAGCGUGUACCAGUUGAAAUUUUUUCGCGGUAUUUGGAAGAACGAAUGCACCCAAUAACUGACGUGUAUGUUGAAAUCCAGUCGCAGAAAAUACAAUAUUAUACUGUUAGCUUACAUAUUGUUGCUGACUUCACUGGGUUGCGGUAUAUAAUGUAUAAUUGGCCGGUUUUGUCGGCUACUGUAGCGAUUAGCACAAAUCUUUUCUUUAUACUAAUUGUUUUUCUACUGAGCUGGUAUCAUUGGUCGGACACAACCUGGCUCCGUACACUGCAACAAAAAUAUAUGCGAAUUACCAAAACUAUCCAAAGCACUGCCACUAAAGCCAUUGGCUCACCAAGUAGUUUUCAAGACGAUGAGUUAGCAUUUUUUGAUGAUAAAUCAAUAAGCUCUGAAAUCGACGACAUAAGUGGAGCUGAGAGUUGUAAAGACGAAAAAAUUAGCAAAUUAUGUAAGGAAAAUGUUGAACAAGAAGUGAAACAACGUAAAACAGUAAAAACGCUUUAAACUUUUAUAAAGUUUAUUCAAAUAUUAAUAGUUCAAUAAAAUAUACUAUAUUAUUGAGGUUCAUAUAUGUUUCCAAAAUAUUGUAUGUACUCAUUUUUUUAUAAACAUACGACUGAAACCUAAAAUUGUCAUAGACAAUUUAAAACGAUAUAAUGUAUGCGGCAUGCGAAGAAAAGAACUUAAGUUAUUUAUUUUACAUAUUUUAUAGUUUUAUAUAAUGAAAUACAUGUAUAAAAACGAA